AAAGUCCCUGAGCCCCUAGCGAGCAAGACGCCGACUGCCAUGGCUUCCAGUCCCUGCCCGCCGUCCCCGCUACUUGUGCGGCUGCCGGAGUCCAUCUCCCGGGCCCACAGGAAACUAGAGAAAUACUUCCAGAGCCGGGCCUCCGGAGGCGGGGAGUGCAGUGUCCAGCCCUUGGGUCCCAGCGCCCCCGACACCUUCGAGGUGAACUUCCUAGAAAGGGCAGCUAAGGAGAGAGUACUGAAAAAGAGAGAGCACCAGAUGGAGAUUGAUGGCAAACCUGUGACCAUUUUCCUGGAAACCACAAAAAAGCCAGUGGAGGACCCAAGACCCAGUCCUCCGUCUCUGACACAGCCAGAUGAGGCUCCAAGCUCCAGUCCUCCAUCUUUGACACAGCCAGCUGAGGCUCCAAGCUCCAGUCCUCCAUCUGUGACCCAGUCUCUGGAUGAAGCACUGUUUGAUGAAGGAACUAUUUAUAAUUCUGAUGACACUAUUGUCCAGAUGGUCUUUCUUGCUGUGACUGCUGAGCUGAACUGUGAACUACUCUCCAAAGAGCAGAGGGCACACAUAGCCUCUGUCUGCCCUGGUGUCAGAAGCAUGGAGGGUAAGGAUGGAAUUGCCAAGGUGUGUGGCAGCUUCAAAGAUAUUGAGAAGAUACAUCAUUUCUUGACUGUGCAGCUUUUGGAAAGUGAGCAGAAACAGAAGUACCCCACACACAAAUACCCCCCUUCUGAUGUGGAGAGACAGCCACCCAACCAGCAAGACUCGGCCAUGGACUUUUCUUCGGAACCAAAAACAAGGUUAGAAGAUAAUUCUGAGAACUGUUUUGAAGUUCCUCUGCUUUUCCUUGAAUAUUUCAGACAUGCCUAUCCUGGUAGAAUAGAGUACAUAGAGAAUAAAUUUGGUGUAAGCAUUGAAGUCCGAGACAGUGCUCCCAAUAUGGCCUCUGUACACUUCACCACUGGCCAACCAGGCAACUUAGAAGCAGCCUGUGAAUCUUUCAUCAGAGACUUUCAGAGAUGCACCCAAGCCCUGAAGCAAGACUGUGUCUCUUUAGAGGACACUCAGAGAACAAUGGAACUCAGACAGGAGUUGAAUCGCUGCUUUCCAAAGCUCCUGAUAAAGAGACAGGGAAGAAAGCUAACUCUCCUCGGGUCUCAAACUGACAUUGCAGCCGCCACAGAAAAAGUCUCCCAAACUUCCUUCAAGACUCCUGUGGAAAUAAUGUCCUCUGGUUACAUGACAGGGAUUGAGGUUGAUUCAACUCACUUCAGCCUUCUAAAACCAGCAUUGCUCCGGGAAAUCUCAGAGAUAGAGGAGAAGUAUAACACUUAUAUAAAAGUCCAAGAGAAAACCCAGAAAACCUGCAUUCUAUUUGACCCCAGGGAUAAGGAGGUCGACCUGUCUGUGCACUCUUAUGCCAGUUUCACUGAUGCAUUCCAACAUGCCAUGUGUCAGCUAACAACAGAAAUCCUGCCGCUCAAACAUUUGGGCAAGGGGAAAGCUCACUUACACAAGACCAAGUUUGUUGAUGACUUAAAGAAAAAGCACCCAAAUGUACACUUCGUGGUAUCUAAAGAGUCAAUGACUUUGAUGGGUUUGCCGAAUCAGCUUGCACAGGCAAAGCAGUAUAUGUUCAAGAGAAUGGGACUUUCCCUACCGUCUGGAGAGAGCUUAAAUGUGGAUCACGAGACACCCAUGGAUAUAGACAGGAAUGACGCAAAUGCAGCUUCACCUCCUCUCAGAGGCUCUGCUGACAGCUCUGGGGCCUUGAAGGUGAAUGAUAAUGAAGAUGCCUGUGCCAUCUGCAUGGAUACCAUUAGCAACAAGCAUGUGCUCCCUAAGUGCAAGCAUGAAUUCUGCUCCUCUUGUAUCACCAAGGCCUUGUCAAUCAAGCCUGUCUGUCCUCUGUGCCAGACGUCCUACGGUAUCCAGAAAGGGAACCAGCCAAAAGGAACCAUGACUUCCACCACUUUAAGACAGUCACUUCCGGGUUAUGAAGACUGUGGCACAAUUGUGAUUCAAUACAUUAUAGAAAGUGGCAUCCAAACAGAUGAGCACCCUAACCCAGGAAAGCCAUUCCGGGGAACACAACGAACUGCAUACUUGCCUGAUACUCAGGAGGGGAGAAAGGUCUUGGGUCUGCUCAGAGAAGCCUUUAACAACAGGCUGAUUUUCACAGUAGGGGACUCUCGAGUAUCAGGAAUGUCUGAUGUCGUUACAUGGAAUGACAUCCAUCAUAAAACAUCCACGUUUGGAGGACCAGGAAAUUUUGGCUACCCUGAUCCUCAUUACCUGAGGCGUGUCAAGGAGGAGCUGAAAGCAAAAGGAAUUGAGUAAGGAAUGCGCUGGGAAGACGUCUGUGCACUUUCAAAAGAAGUGUGUUAGGAGGCCGCAGUAGGUCAGGCCUCAAUCGUUUUGUAGAAAAAACUUACAGCAUUUUUCAUGUUAAGUAGAUGUAGUUUCUAUAAAAGCAGAAGUCUGCUUGCCGGUCAUUUCUAGAGUAUUUCUCUUUCUUGGAAGGCAAAAUAUGAAGGGCAUGUGCUGGGAGAUCAUAAUGUGAGAACACAUGAGCUCAGACCCGCAGCAUCAUUGUAAGAGUUGGUGCGAUGGCAUACACUUGUAAGCUUAGCCCUGGGGAGUGUAGACGGAAGGAUUCCUGGAGCUCACUGGCUAGUUAGUCUAGUCCAAACCCAAACCAUGGGCUCCAGGUUCACUGAGAGACCUUGUCUCAAGAAAUCAGGUGCAUUUGGGCAUGGUGGCACAUGACUUUAAUGCCAGGAAUUGGGAAGCAGUAGCAGGCCAUCCCAGGCCAGCCUGGUCUGCAUAGCCCAAGUUCCAGGACAGCCAGUGCUACAUAGUGAGACUGUGGCCAAAAACAAACAAAACAAAUACGAGGUAGACAGAAAUAAAGACAUCUAACAUCACCCUCUGACCUCUAAAUGCACCUGUAUAUACAUUCAUAUGUACACACACACAGAGAAAAGUUUUAGGGCAGAAAAACAUAAAGGAUUUCAAAUUUUGGCUGAGGAAGUCUGAUCUCAUUCUUGUGUUCUAUCAGGGGUGCUGCCCAGUAUGAAGUCACCUUCUAUAUUUUUCAUUGAACCGCUAGCAACUAGUAGAACCUCUCCUGCUGCUUGUUUUGCUUGAUCUAUGAUCUCUCUGUGCAGCUCUUGAACUCUCUUUGUGGACCAGAUUGGUCCUGAAUUUCGAUCUACCUGCAUCAGCCUUCUGAGAGCUGGGGUAAAAGACAGGUGCUACAUGCCUGAUUGUAUUUGUUUGUUUGGGGUUUUUGUUGUUGCCUCUUUGGUUGGUUUGGUUGGUUUGGUUUUGGUGUUGGGACUUAAACCCAAGAACAGUAAGUUCUCUCCCAACACCUUUGAUCAUUUUCCAUGGCCAUCUCUCUUGUGGUAUGUUAGUUGUUUGGUUUUUAAUCUCUGCCUGGAAAAGUAAAACCCUUGUGUAAAUGGGAAAGUGAAACCAUUGUGUAAAUGGAAAGUUUAAAAACAGGAUUGACUGGAAGAGAACCCCACUUCCUUCCCUACCCACAGUGAGAAACAUGCCCAGGAGGAGUUCAGGCAACCUUUGAUAAUAAGUAGAACAAGAAGAGUCUUAAUUUUCAGGCUACAGAACCUAGUAGACAGUUGGUGCUUAGAAUGUGUUUGUUGCCUGACUCAGCUCAGCAGACGGAUGAGCAUAUAAAAAGAUGAGUUCCUCAAAUAUUUGGGAUUUUUUGUUUUGCUUUGUUUUGUUUUGUUUUGUUUUGUUUUUCAAGACUGGGUUUCUCUGUGGCUUUGGAGCCUGUCCUGGGACUAGCUCUGUAGACCAGGCUGGUCUCGAACUCACAGAGAACCGCCUGCCUCUGCCUCCCGAGAGCUGGGAUUAAUAGAUGUGGGUUUUGUUUUUUGUUUUUUUCUUAUUUUUUGGUUUUUCUUAAACCUUUGACUCAAUCAAACCAAUCUAUGCUGUCUCUCUUACGGUCUUUUUAAUCCUUUCCCUGGACAUGAGUAAAGAAGAGCUAAACCUCCUGCAGAGUCUGUCUGGCAUGUCACAGUUCUCUGUAAGCAGUUUCCAUGUCAGAAGAACACCCUAGUAGAGAGUGUCCUGGUGAUCUGAGGUCCACCCACUCUCCAAAAUGGCAGAUGCAUGUCUUGAGGUUUCCCUGAAGACACACAUGCACACAUAAAAACAUUUAGCCAGAUAAUAGUAUAAUAAUAGCAAGCAUUUAAUGAGUAGUUACUCUGUGUGUGCCUUAUGUUAAUGUGAUCAAUACAAUAGGUAGCUCUAGUCUUUCCACAGAAAACUGGUGUGCAGAAACUAUUAGGUAGUCACCAAGGUAACAUAAUUAAUAAGUGGAAGUCCUAGCUUUUACUUCAGUCCUGGUUUUAUGUUUUUGAGACAGAGUCUCAUGUAGGCCAAAUUGGUCUUGAAAUGUAGCCAAGGCUUUUCUUCAACUCUGGCCCUCCUACCUACUAUCCAAGUUUUUGCAUAUAUACUAGACUGAUCUUGUUGUUGUUAAUUUCUCUUUUACUCUUUUGGGGGGGGGGGCAUCACACAGCUCCAAAAUAAUCACACAGAGACCUAUUCUUACUUAUAAACGGACGGCCUUAGCUUGGCUUCUUUCUAGUCUGCUUUUCUUGAGUUAUUUUGUCUGCCUUUAGCCUCUGGGCUUCUACUGUUCACUAUUGCUGUAUAUCUCUGCUUUCCUUCUGAUUCCAUGUCUGGCAGUGUGGCUGGGUGCCUGGCAUACUCUGACCCUCCUUUUCUUGUUCCCUGAUCUCUGUUCUCAGAUUUCUCCUUCUGUUUAUUCUCUCUGCCUGCCAGCCCUGUCUAUUCUUUCUCCUGCCUCGCUAUUAGCCAUUUGGAUCUUUAUUAGACCAAUUAGGUGUUUUAGGUAGGCAAAGUAACACAGCUUCAUAGAGUUAAAUAAAAGCAACCUAAAAGAAUGCAACACCUCUUUGUUUCAUUAAACAAACAUUUUACAGCAUAAACAAAUGUAACACAUCUGCAACUAAUAUUUCACAAGCCAUCUCUCAGGAUCUGCCUUCCUCUGUCUUCCAAGUGCACGGAUACAUCAUUAUGCCUCACUUCUACAUCCAGCUUAAACCUUUUACUGUUGAUGAUUUACCAAGUUUUUAUCAUUAAGACUAAUGAUCAGUUUCUGUCAUCUAAUCUAGCAGUUUAAUUUACUCUCCAGAGAAGCAAAAAAAAAAAUGGUUUCUGUCAACUUCUGGAUCUUGUAUUUCAUAAUAUAUGCAUACGCAAAUUCAAUACGGUGUGAAUGCUUAAUGGCAUUUGGAUUUCUGCUUUUGCAGGUGUUAUUAUCUGGCUUAAAUAAAUUUAGGUUCUUAUUUACAACAGA